AAAGGUGCGCCCGGAUGUUGCGUGUUUUCGGUGACUAGCUUGGUGAAGCUAAACUUCAGAAUGGACCCGACUAGAGAAAAGCCCGUUAGUGCGUAGCGUUGGGAGAGAAACUCUGACCGUCCAUGUCUUGUUUACACAUAUCAACACACUGACAAAGUUUCUGACAGCAAUGUCGAGAGAAAACACCACCCGAAGUUUGGACAGCAUAGACCUCGCUGCUUUGAGAGAUCCAGCAGGGAUCUUUGAGCUAGUUGAAGUAGUUGGCAAUGGAACCUACGGUCAGGUGUACAAGGGCCGUCAUGUCAAGACAGGUCAGCUGGCAGCUAUCAAAGUCAUGGAAGUCACAGAGGAGGAAGAAGAGGAGAUAAAGCUGGAGAUCAACAUGUUAAAAAGUUAUUCCCACCAUAGAAACAUUGCUACUUAUUACGGUGCCUUUAUUAAGAAAGGCCCUGCUGGACAGGACCACCAACUCUGGUUAGUGAUGGAGUACUGUGGAGCUGGCUCUGUGACAGACCUGGUGAAGAAAACCAAAGGAAACUGUUUGAAAGAAGACUGGAUUGCUUACAUCUGCCGGGAGGUGCUCAGGGGCCUUUCCCAUCUUCACUCCCACCAUGUGAUUCACCGAGACAUUAAGGGACAAAAUGUUUUGCUCACCGAGAACGCCGAAGUCAAACUGGUUGACUUUGGCGUGUCAGCCCAGCUCGAUAAGACGAUCGGUCGGAGGAACACCUUCAUCGGUACUCCCUAUUGGAUGGCCCCGGAGGUCAUCGCCUGUGAUGAGAACCCUGAGGCUACAUAUGACUACAGGAGUGACCUCUGGUCUUUAGGCAUCACAGCCCUAGAGAUGGCAGAAGGAGCCCCCCCUCUGUGUGACAUGCAUCCAAUGAGAGCGCUGUUUCUGAUUCCUCGAAACCCUCCACCAAAACUUAAGUCAAAGAAAUGGUCGAAGCGUUUCUUGACGUUCGUUGAUAGUUGCCUGAUCAAGAACCAUCUGCAUCGACCCACCACAGAUGUCCUACUGAGACACGCCUUCAUCAAAGACCUGGCUAACGAGAGACAAGUUCGCAUCAUGCUUAAAGAUCACCUGGACCGAACCAGGAAGAAGCGAGAGAAAGAGGGCCCAGAGUAUGAGUACAGUGGCAGUGAGGAAGAGGAUGAUGAGGUCACAGAAGAGGAAGGAGAACCCAGCUCCAUAGUGAAUGUUCCCGGCGAAUGGACGCUGAGACGGGAGUUUCUUCGACUGCAGACAGAAGAUCACGAAGGCGGCAGAGACGGAGGGCGCGGAGGAGGUGGUGGAGGUCAGCGGGGACAACAGGCGUUGCAGCAGCAGCUGGAAGAACAGGAGCGAUACAAGCAGCAGAUCCUGGCUGACAGACAGAGGAGGAUCCAGCAGCAGCAAGAGCAACGGCAAAAGUUAGAGGAUCAGAGGCGACAGCUGACAGACUGUGCCUUUCAGUGGGGAGAGCUGCAGGAGGUCUUCCUUGGGGAGGAGUCUGAGCUCCAUGACAACAGGAUCUUAGUGGAUGAGGGAAACAAGAGGAGCGACAGGAGACAGGAUCAGGCAGGCAGACAGUGGAGUGCCGAUGUGUCAGUAAGGCCUCUGGACUCUGCGGCGGAGCAGAGAGCAGUGGCUCCAAACCAGCUGCUUCAGCGUAAGGCCCAGCAUUCGCAGUCUCGGCUACAGCCGCAAGCCAAGUCCCAGCCCCUGGCCCAGCAUCAGCAGCCCUCAGCGGGCAGGAGAUCCCACCGCACCCUGCCCAAGGACCAAACCCAACUCCUGUCCCUGCAACACGACCACAGACACAGGGAGAAAGAGCAGCAGAGGAAAAGAGAAAUGCCUGUGGCAGCGCCCCACAAGCUAACAGCUAAUAGCGGGAACACAGCUGCUGCUGCUGCUGCCGCUGCCUCUCCCAGGCGCUCUCCAGUCAGUCAGAGCUCAGCGAUGGACUUCCACGAAUCAAACUUAGCCAAAUUGCUUUUAGCUGCUGGUCUUCCUGGCCAGAUGCACUCGAGGCUGGGCUCCGGAAGCAGCUCUAGUCCUUGUACCCCAGCCAUGCAGAGAGCUCACUUCAACCAGAAUGAAAAUCUUCGCUCAAGUCGGGAUGCCCCACACAGCAGCUCCAUGUCAGACAUGGCCAUCUCCCCUUUGUCCCCGUUUUCCCCCAUGUCCCCAACUGACAGUGUCUUCUGGGACUCUGUGGAGACUCCACCCAAAGUCCCAGAGCGCACCACCUCAAAGUAUUACUGCAGGGAACCGAUGAUAGGACACAAGAGGGCCGCUUCGAGUGGCAGUCCAGUGUCUGCAGCAGAUAAGAGUGGGAGGUGUGCGUCCCAUGGAGGCUCCUCUAUAAGCAGCAACCGUCCAGGUUACUUCAAGCUGGAAAGUCCUCUGCUGCAGCAGCACCCGCACAGGAAGCUGGAUAACAUAAGCAGUGGGCACACACAGGGAAUAAAACCCGCUCUGGGUCGGCUGAACAAGGCCACAGAAUACUCUUCUUCUAGCGAUGAAGUCGGCAGCAGUGAUGACGAGGAGCAAAACGGGUCUGGCAUGUCCAAUGGAAAAGGGAAAUACUUCAGAGGAAUACCCGACGGCAUCGUCCUGCAGCCUCACCGUAAUCUCAACCAGAUUUCUCAGUUGGGUUCAGAUGACACCUACUUGCUACCAGACCUUCUGCAAAAACUUUCUUCCUCUAGUCCUACCCACAAUGCAUUCAGCCAGGAGCAGCGAGCACGGGCACUCGGCUAUUUGAGAUCGCCCACAUCUCCCGGAUCCCCCACACACCAGGAUCUACAUGAUAUCGGCAGUCCUACCGGUAAAAGCCUGACAUCAUCGUCUUCCUCCUUCCUGCCCUUCAUUGAUCCACGAUUGAUCCCCAUCUCAUCACCACCACAGAGCCCGACGAGCAUUAAGGGCGAGCCACUGAAGAGAGAGAACCACAGGAAGGGCUCCGUGGUUAAUGUGAACCCAACCAACAUUCGACCACAGAGCGACACGCCGGAGAUCCGAAAGUACAAAAAGAAGUUCAACGCGGAGGUUCUGUGUGCUGGAUUAUGGGGUGUGAAUCUGCUGGUGGGCACAGAGAACGGUCUGUGGCUGCUGGAUCGAAGUGGUCAGGGAAAGGUGUACCCGCUCAUCAGCAGGCGACGGUUUCAACAAAUGGACGUACUUGAAGGACUCAAUGUGUUGAUUACUAUAUCAGGAAAAAAGAACAAGCUGCGUCUCUACUACUUGUCCUGGUUAAGGAAUAAAAUCCUGCGUAAUGACCCAGAGGUGGAGAAGAGACAGGGCUGGACAUCAGUGGGUGAUUUAGAGGGCUGUGUCCACUAUAAAGUGGUGCGUUAUGAGAAGAUAAAGUUCUUGGUGAUUGCCUUGAAGAAUGCUGUGGAGGUGUAUGCUUGGGCCCCAAAACCCUACCACAAAUUUAUGGCCUUUAAGUCCUUCAGAACUCUGCCUCAAAAGCCACUUUCUGUUGACCUGACAGUGGAGGAAGGUCAAAGGUUAAAGGUCAUCUACGGCUCCGUGUCUGGUUUCCACGCCAUUGACGUAGACUCUGGAACACCAUAUGACCUCUACUUGCCGACACAUAUCCCGGGUCCCGUCCGUCCCCAUGCAAUCAUCAUUUUGCCAAACAAAGCUGGAACAGAGGUCCUGGUUUGCUAUGAAGACGAGGGCGUCUACAUUGACACCUAUGGUCGUAUCACCAAGGAUACAGUGCUGCAGUGGGGGGAAAUGCCUACAUCUGUCGCCUACCUUCAGUCUAACCAGGUGAUGGGUUGGGGAGAAAAGGCCAUAGAGCUGAGGUCAGCGAACACGGGGAACCUGGAGGGAGUGUUCAUGCAUAAAAAGGCUCAAAAACUGAAGUUCCUGUGUGAAAGGAAUGACAAGGUUUUCUUUGCGUCGGUGCAGUCGGGAGGCAGCAGUCAGAUUUACUUCAUGACUCUUGGACAGAACUCGCUGUUCAACUGGUAACAACAAGACCCAUUACCUCUGGGAUCGACUGGUGGGCGUCUGCCUUCAUUGUUCUGGGUUCCCCUGGUGAUGCCUUGUUGUGUUUUUUUAUUUUUUGCUUUGUGCUGACCUGCGUUGACCUCCGUGAAGUAGUGGAUACCAUUGCAAGAUCCGUCCCUCAGCCUUGUGCAGUCGCCAUGUUAAACCAUUAUGAUCAACGAUUGAGCUGGUCAAGAAUCCGCCUGCAGGAAAAAAGCUUGAAUUCAUCGUUCCAUCCUCGACUACUGACGUGUGGAUCACAGCACUGACACCUGGACAUGAUUUUCAGCACAAACACACAUCCACAGAAAUUCAAAGGUACAAGCAGCUGUGCCAGCAUCUUUUUUCCUUUGUUUUACGUGACGUUUCACCAAAACCGAGGGCUUCACGUGGACGAUUGUUCUGGGAUUUCACAUGAACACCUGGCUUCAAAGUUCAGUCUGUUCGUUCAGCACCUGGAUUUUUUUUUCUUUUUUUCAAGAAUCAAUUAUGACUUAAUUAUGUGCAUAACAAGUAUUCGAUUGUGUGCGUUUUAAAAUGCCCAGCUCUGAUGCAUCUCUGGAUCAUCGGCAUCCUUACACCUCGAUCACUGUUGUUGCUGCACGCACCAGAGUAAUCAUCACUUAAUUUGUGUUUGUCAGUAGCCUUGUUCACUCUGUACAUCACCUGGGCAUUUAAUGAAAUGUGGGCUGCUUUAUGUCAUUCCAUCUUUGUUGCUCGUGCCAUGAUUACGUCCUUCGAGUUUUAGAUCCACAAACAGUGUCCGCUGCCUGUCUGUAAUACCUCAAAACUGUUCCGGUAUUUAUGAAGUCCUUGAAUUGAUAGAAUUGCUUUUAUCAGAGUGGUAGAACCCAAACAAACUAUCAUAUUACUGUACUGAUUCAUGUUCUAGUUUAUUAAAUACAUAUCACUAUUUUAUUUAAUAUAUAGCACUAUCAAAUGUUAGAUAGGAAUUAUUUUCUCUCGCAACUAGUCUGCAAAUGUGUUAUCAAGUGUGGAAAAAAAAUACUGAUGGGUAUAUUUGCUGCGUUGCAUAGUUUAGUUUAAAUAUAUGUUGCUACCACAGCCCCUCCCCUCAGCUCUAAGUGUGAGAGGUCAGUCUACCACAGAACUGGACCACGUCAUUUAAAUCGCAUUUCUUUUUGCAAAGGACCUUAAAAGCCAUUUACCGUAAAAGGAGCAAUUUAAAUGCGCAGCAUAGUGUAGAUAAAUAGAGAUAUAAAGCAAGUAUAAUUCGCUCUUUUUUGUAUAGCUUCCGAUGUAUAUAAUCCUGUAAGAUGCACUGUUUUCUAAAUAUUUUAUUACACGCCAUCUUUACAUAUAUGUACAGAAUUGCAGGCUUACGAAUGUGAAAUUCAAUCUUAAAACAGAGUCGUGCAUGCCCCCCCACGGUCUUUGGUUAUUAAUGUGAGCUGCUCACAGUGAAUUUGAAGGCUCGUGUUCAGGUCUCACAAACUUGGCCGAAUCGUCUAAAAUCAAAUGUGAAGUCUGUUUGUUCGAUGUUCUUGUUGCGUGUAUAAGAGGUGUUUUGCACAGUUGCCGUCCUAUACGCGUUACAUCAAAAGCCAUCCUGUCGUCAGUAUUGAAGAGAUCACUGCUAACCUUUCGAUCACUAUUUGUUACACUGCCCACUGUGGGACCAGUUUUUGAUGGGGCAACAUGAUGAAAAUAUAAAAUAUAGGAUAUGUAGUGAGUUGGGCCUGAAACAGAAUAUUCUCUUUGUCUUUUAUUCAAUGAGCUUCAAGGCAGGAAACCAAAGAUGAAAGCUUUGAUGUAUUUGCUUCCUUGAUUCUAACAGAUGAUUCACAAGUGGUAACUGAUCUCAUUUAUGAAUCAAAUUAUUAAAUUGAUAAACUCUUAGAUCACCCUGGAAACUCACCCAGGCCCAAAGUGUUGCAACAAAAUACAUACAAGUCAAUGUUAUGAGUGUUUGUGUAUUAAAUAUCACAGAUGUAUGCAUUAAGUAUUAUUUGGUUUGGUAAAGGUAAAGAAAUCUUUGCGGUUUUCUUACCUUCAAAUGUGAAUCUGCAUAUUUAUCCAUUUUAUAAUUCUUUUUCUCUUCUACGAGAUUUUGCUUAAACGGCUAACUUUAUGUUUUUUAGGUUAUCCUGCACACUCUUGAAUUUUGUUGUUAUCAUAAUUGCGCCAAAUGUUUUUAUAUACAUUGAUACUUUCAUUUUAGUUUUAUUAUAGACUUAUGACUUGUGAGAAAUAUUACAGCUGGUUCUGUGAGAAUAUUUUGAACUGGAAAAUGAAGUUUUUGUCUUAUUGCUAAGUUUUAAUCACGUCUUACAACAUUUCUUUUGGGGACAGAAGGUGUUUGAUUGUCUGACGUACUUAACAAAUAGCUUAACAUAACAAGCUAUUGUGCAUUAACAUAGUGGAUUGUGACCUAAUAUUACCAGGCUAAGAGGUGCUCGCUAACAGAGCCUAAAUGUGCCGUAACUAACUUGCAGUUCCUAGCUAAUGCUGUUAGCUGCUGUUAGCUGUUAUAUGAAAACGAAGCUUGGCUAGCAGUACCAAAAUGAGUCACUUUUCUCAUAAAAGAAAGGACCAACUUUUACAUGCGUAGCGUACCUAGUGCUAAUAUUUACAUAGGUUCAGAUUGUAAGGCACCUUAAAAGUGUUAUUCUUGUUUGAAGUGGACAACAAAUGAAAUUAAAUUUGGUUAAAUUCUGGCAAGCAUGUCACGAGUAAACACAACUUACCUAGGUUGCUUUUUUUUAAUUAACUUUCUUACCAAUAAUGUUACCAUUUUUUUUAAAACCUGUAGGCUACUGUAUAUGUGCGUUUUUUGUUUUAAGUAUGGAAUAGGACAAGUACAUAGAGACUGUUGCUGUGCUAGCUUGUGGUCAGGCCUGCAGGGAAAGGUGACGGUGUAGAACUGACAGCUUUGGUCAGGUUCCUGAGCAGGACCGUGGCCAGACUAGACAGGAGAGCAGACCAAAACCUAGUGCUCCACAGUUCUUGUAGUUUUUGUUCAGCUCUAACUUUCAGUUAUCGAACAGCCUGUAUCUGCUCAUCCUGCUUCCGCACUCUGUCAUACACCUUUAGGGUAUAAGCUGGGAAAUAAACCAGCUCUAAAAUGAGUUCUGACUCCAUAAUUCUCAUUUGUCUUCAAAACUGAUUAAAUUGCAAAGUUCAUUAUGUAAUUCUAUUACAAUAACCACUUUUCUUUUACAUGGUCUAACAUUGGACCGAUUGUUUGAGAGUAUCUGUCUUGCUCUCUGGACUGCUUCAAGUAACAGCAUAUGAAACAGCUCGUCUGCAAGCUGACCAGUUUGACACCUAAUAACAGUUUCCUUUUUAUCAGGUUUAUCCAUUUAUCAUCUUAAGCUACUCUUUUAGAGAAUGAGGAUAUUUUUCUGGUUUAUUUGAAGCAAAGUGCCUGCCUGCUGCCACUCUUUGCUCCCCGUUGCUUAGCACUGAACGAUCGCUGUAUCACUAAUGAGAGUGCGAGGGAACGGCGCACUUCCUCCUACACCUUCCACUGGUUAAAAACGUGAUAGAUUCUGUAUCAGGCCUGUGGUGACUCACAUCCUUAACUCUCCCACAAACUCUUUUUCUCUCACUUUUCACAACACGUUUCCUCUUGCUGCCACUUUUCAUCCCCUCGGCAUCUUUUGCCCAUCUUCAGCUUCAUGCUCCCACCCCUGGCUGUCUCUUUAGCUUCCCACGCGCCCUUUCUUUUAUUUCUGUUCGGUUCACGGAGACCUGUCGCAUCAGAUUGCACAUCUUUAUUGCACAAAGUAAAUUUGCACAGCUUUUCAAAUUAAAAGUAAGGUUUAAUUAAUGGAGAUGGGCCCAAACAUUUAGCCCAACCUUGUUAUUUCUCCAGAUUAUGUUGCAAAGUGGGAUGAAGUGUGAUGCAGGACGAAAAAAAAUGAAUACAAAGCAGCUUGCGUUUUUGCAGUAUUCGCUUAAGUGUCAGCUGUUGUUUUCCACCCUGUGGAUGUGAUGUGUGGGAGAGUGUGAUGAAAACUGGUGUUUAAAAAAGCAGAAUUCAGUCUUCAAGGAAAGGAAGGACAGAGUUGGAGGAGGUAGUUAAGUCAAGUGUCAAUAGAAGGAACAAGGAAGAGGCUUCAAGAGGCUUAAUUUCUUUAAAUAAUACCUAGUACACAUGUUUAGAUAUCUAGAUAGUUUUGGUUGUGAUGAAGAGAAGGAGGAAGAGGAUGUGAAAGGGAUGGUGACUGUAUACAGUAGCCUUUAAGAUUAAAUAUUGACAUUUAUUGCGUCAUCAAUAAGCAAAAUAAUAAUCCUGGUGAAUUUGGGGGGGCGUGGUAGUUUCCAAAAGCCAACCUAUUACAUGUUUCAUACAUGGUAGUCUGACUUUAUUCAGAAAUGUUGUUUGAGAUUAUAUAAGACCAAAUAUUAUAUGGCUAAAUAUCUGAAAAUAUAUCUGUCUGCUCCUGUAUCAUUUAUAAGAUAAUUCUUUUGAUACUUUGGUAUAUUUUUGCACUGGACCUUUGUUUUAUGCAUUGUACACUGUAUCCCUCAUGCUUUGAUACGAACGCACACUAACUCGUGUUUCCAUGUAAAAUGGUAAAAAACGGUGAGGCCACAAUAAAUAUGUUGA